ACAGAGAUUGAGGGCGGGCCCUGCGAGAGCGAGCGAGCGGUUCAGCCUUCCGAGCAGUCUGGGCGCUUUGACCUGUUCUCUGGAUGUCAGCUGAGUUACUAAGGUGACUCUGCACGCCAGGAGAGAGACCUUGGUAGAAAGAACCUCCAGGCUCUUGGAGACCCCCAUCUCUCCUUCUUUUCUGUGUGUGUGGGUCUUCAUUGAACAUUCAAACCUGUUUCUCCAAAGGGUUUUGCAAAAACUCAGACUGUUUUCCAAAGCAGAAGCGCUGGCGUCCACAGCAGAAGUGAUGGGCAGCGUACGCACCAACCGCUACAGCAUCGUCUCUUCGGAGGAGGACGGCAUGAAGCUGGCCACCCUGGCGGUGGCCAAUGGCUUUGGGAACGGGAAGAGUAAAGUCCACACUCGACAGCAGUGCCGGAGCCGCUUUGUGAAGAAGGACGGCCACUGCAACGUGCAGUUCAUCAACGUGGGUGAGAAGGGCCAGCGGUACCUGGCGGACAUCUUCACCACGUGUGUGGACAUCCGCUGGCGGUGGAUGCUGGUCAUCUUCUGCCUGGCUUUCGUUCUCUCCUGGCUGUUUUUCGGCUGCGUGUUUUGGUUGAUAGCGCUGCUCCACGGGGACCUGGACGCAUCCAAGGAGGGCAAAGCGUGUGUGUCCGAGGUCAACAGCUUCACGGCCGCUUUCCUCUUCUCCAUUGAGACGCAGACCACCAUAGGCUACGGCUUCCGCUGCGUCACGGACGAGUGCCCCGUGGCUGUCUUCAUGGUGGUCUUUCAGUCCAUCGUGGGCUGCAUCAUUGAUGCCUUUAUCAUCGGCGCAGUCAUGGCCAAGAUGGCCAAGCCCAAGAAGAGAAACGAGACCCUGGUCUUCAGCCACAAUGCCGUGAUCGCCAUGAGGGAUGGCAAGCUCUGUCUGAUGUGGCGGGUGGGCAACCUUCGGAAAAGCCACCUGGUGGAAGCUCACGUGCGAGCACAGCUCCUCAAAUCCAGGAUUACUUCCGAAGGGGAGUACAUCCCCCUGGAUCAAAUUGACAUCAACGUCGGCUUUGACAGCGGCAUUGACCGCAUAUUUCUGGUGUCCCCCAUCACCAUCGUCCACGAGAUAGACGAGGACAGCCCUUUAUACGAUUUGAGCAAACAGGACGUCGACAACGCGGACUUUGAAAUCGUGGUGAUCCUCGAAGGCAUGGUGGAAGCCACGGCCAUGACCACGCAGUGCCGGAGCUCGUACCUGGCCAACGAGAUCCUCUGGGGCCACCGCUACGAGCCCGUCCUCUUUGAGGAGAAACACUACUACAAAGUAGACUAUUCGAGGUUCCACAAGACUUACGAAGUACCCAACACUCCCCUUUGUAGUGCCAGGGACUUAGCAGAGAAGAAGUACAUCCUCUCCAACGCUAAUUCCUUUUGCUAUGAAAAUGAGGUUGCCCUCACAAGCAAAGAGGAAGAAGACAGUGAAAACGGGGUCCCAGAGAGCACGAGUACGGACACGCCCCCUGACAUAGACCUUCACAACCAGGCAAGUGUACCCCUAGAGCCCAGGCCCUUACGGCGAGAGUCGGAGAUAUGACUAAUUCUUCCUCGGGAAUAGUUACUUUGAAACACAGUCUGUUGGUCAGAGGCCCAAAGCAGUUACGCAGACGACGGUACUGGUGAAGAGGUGGUUUGAGACAAGUGACCACGAGGGACUGAGGCUAGCACGGUGCUUUCAAAGAAAGACUGUAGGCUCAGAGAUGAACCUAAAGCACUAAACAUGCCUCCCCCCCGCCCCCCCCGUGACCCGAUGGCACAUAACACGUUGUAGAAUAAGUUAUGGGGUGUUUAUGUCUUGUCUUGUGUUUUCAUACCAAACUUGAACUUGCAGGCAAGCCUUGGUUGGUUGGGUAUUUGAUGUCUCCAGAACGCUUCUCUUUAGGGAACAAGAAUGUUUUUAAAUGGCAUCACAUUUUUAAAUGUUUUCAAGGCAAGACUCUGCCUUAACUUUUGAAAAGCUGCUAACUACACGAACACACGUUGUACUGUUGCAGUGUAGUUUUUCUUGUGUGUAAUU